UUAGAAUAUAUCUACAUCUAGUCAGACAUAGUCACAGUGAUGAGUGAUAUAGAUCUAGACUAGUGACUAGAUGUAGUACAUGAUUACAAGUUGAAACUCAAAUGUAGCUGAAGUAUUUCUAAAGAUGAUUAUUUAGACUAAGUGCGUGCGUACCUUGUUGAGUGUAUUACGACUGCGAGUUCAGGACAUGAACAUCACGUUACGAGAUUGAACAGGUUCUUAACAGGAACACAGACUCAAUGACCAAGUUGACUCAAGAAAAAAAUACCACUAAAGUAAAAUUAAACAGCACUAAAAAAAACUGCAGCAUUCAGACUUGUUCAAAAGCUAAUUGAAAAUAUGAGCCUUAUCAUUGUACUAAUUUGUGGCUAUCUGGUUACCUCUUUAGCUGAUCAAAAUGUUCACAUCAUGUCUAUCGAUUCUAGUGAUAGAAGAUUAAUAAAUGAUGAUGACUAUAUGAAGAACAGAGAAGCAAUGAUAACCACAGAAAAGAAAAUGCGAAUAGGAGGGACUUUAUCACUUGAUGAUAAUGAACAGGCUGUCAAUAAAACAAUUAUGCUGGAAAAAAUAAAUAUGAUUGAAUUUAGUAGAGUCAACCAUUCUCAAUACAUUCCAUCUAUGAGCUUCUAUAAAGUCAAACCAUUGAUUGAGAACUCAAAACUACUCAAGAUAAUACGCAACAUGCCUAAAGGUGGGGCCCUGCAUGUCCAUGAUUUGUCAGGUGUAAGCCUGGAAUGGUUGAUACAAAAUGCUACAUACAGAGACAAUAUAUAUAUGUGUGUAAACAGUCAAAGCUACAUUAUAUUUAAAGCUUUCAAGAGCCCACCUCAAAAUCCAGAUUGUCCUUGGAAGUCUGUGAAAGAGGAGAGAGCAGCUGCUUCAUCACCUGAACAAUUUGAUGCCUCUUUGAGACAUAACCUAAGUUUAAUGAUAAGUGAUCCAGUGGAAACAUUUGCAGACAACAAUAAAGCUUGGGACAGAUUUAAAAUUUUCUUUGCCCAGGUUGCCAAUCUAAUCUACUAUGUGCCAGUCUUCAAAGAUUAUCAGUACAGGUUGUUGGAAGAAUUUAAUGCAGACAAUGUUCAGUAUCUAGAACUAAGGACCAGUCUACAGGGAUUGUAUGAUUUGAAUGUCCCUGAAUAUGAUGAAGAGUAUGCUUUACUGCUGUUGAAAAAUAUAACUGAAGAUUUUAUGAUACAAAAUCCAGAAUUUAUUGGAACUAAAGUCAUCUUCUGUGGUGGAAGAUAUGCCAACUCUUCAGUUAUCUUGGAAAAUGUCAAGAAAGCAAUGUAUCUCUAUCAGAAAUAUCCAGACUUCCUGGCUGGCUAUGACUUGGUGUCAGAUGAGGAAUGGUACCAUACAUUGUUGUACUACAAGGAUGCUUUGCUGUAUCCAUCUCAACAGACUCCACCGUACAAGUUACCAUAUUUUUUUCAUGCUGGAGAGACUGAUUGGCAGGAUACUGAGGUGGAUUACAAUUUAUUUGAUGCAAUUUUAUUAAACACAACACGAAUUGGUCAUGGUUAUGCCUUGUCCAAGCAUCCCUUCCUGGCCAAGUUAGUAAAGUCACGACAGAUUGCUGUGGAGGUGAAUCCUAUUUCAAACCAGCUUUUGAGACUUCUAACAGACUUACGCAAUCACCCCAUGAUAGGACUAAUGUCUGAUAACUUUCCAAUUGUCAUCAGCUCUGAUGAUCCAUCUUCAUGGGGAGCAGAUCCACUGUCACAUGACAUGUACAUGGCAUUCAUGACAAUGUCAGGAGAAGAUGGUGAUUUGACAUUCUUGAAACAACUUGCGAUGAACUCUCUUCAAUUUAGUUCCAUGAGCAGUAAUGUCAAGCAGAAAGCAAAGAAGAAAUGGGAAAUACGCUGGAAUACAUUUAUCAAACAGUUUUCUUAAUUCUGUUAGAAAAAUUCACUCUCUUAAUAUUUACUUAUUAGUAUUGGAUACAUAUUUUUAAAACAUUUUAUUUCUUUUAUACAAGUGUAUAACCUUGGCCUUGGAAUUAACUAAUUAGAGCUACUUUGUAUUAAUUUUGUAUGAAUAGUCAAUGCCAGUAAUAUAAGAAACUAUAUUGAGACUACAUUUUUUUUUCUUUGUCUAGCCAUUUUAAAAGAUGUAAAAUAUAUAUAUAUAUAUUAAGCUUGCACCAGAUAGUUGCUCUGGCUCCAGCCAUUUUUCACUUUCCGUCCAUUUCCGGCUCCAGUAUAAUAUCACUGCAGGAUAGUUGGCCAGAUAGUAAAAAGUACACUGUAGUAUCUACCUGUCUAGUGGUGAGGGUCUAUCUCCCCCCCCCCCUUUUCCCUCAUUUGUUUAGCCCAUCACAUUGAGUUAAUAAGAUAGACAAUUAACAUUACCACAACAUGCUGACUCUGUCUAGAGGUCAUAAAAAACUGAGUUGGCUUACUUAGAGAUAAAUCUCAAUUAGGAGCCUACAGUAGACAACACACCCCUACUAGAGUGCAGGACCUUUUCUUACACAAACUACGAGUAUAGUACUAUAUUUCAUUAGUGAUGAGAACUUAACUCAAUUUUAAAAUAUUAAAAUGUAUCAAAAUUUAAAAAAAAUAUAGUUGGAUUAAAAUUUAAUCUCCAAUUUUAAAAAAAUAGUUAAACUAAACUAUAGAAAAAUUAAACUUUGAAAACUUUUCAUAAUUUGUGUGUGUGUGGUUUGUUUUGUCUAGAACUAGCUAAUCUAUCUGUAGGCCCACGAUUCAAUAUAUAAUUCUGUUAUCGUAUAAAUCUUUCUCCACAAUAAAAUCAUAAAUAAGGAAAAUGUUUCUUAAAUACAUUCUUGCAAAUAUAGUUGGAUUAAAAUUUAAUCUCCAAUUUUAAAAAAAUAGUUAAACUAAACUAUAGAAAAAUUAAACUUUGAAAACUUUUCAUAAUUUGUGUGUGUGUGGUUUGUUUUGUCUAGAACUAGCUAAUCUAUCUGUAGGCCUACGAUUCAAUAUAUAAUUCUGUUAUCGUAUAAAUCUUUCUCCACAAUAAAAUCAUAAAUAAGGAAAAUGUUUCUUAAAUACAUUCUUGCACAUAAAAUAAAACAAAGAUAUGCUUGUGUGGCUGUAUGUUUUAUGUUAAAUUAAAACCUUUAAAAAAAAAAGGCUACUUUCAUUUUUUAAUUCUAUUAACUUUUUAUAAAAUGGAAAACUUUACAGCUAAGUUUAAAAUCUCAGAUAAGAAAUUGAUCCAGAUCUCUACACUUAGACCUAGUAACCUAAGAAAAAAAAUAUGUGGGGUGUUAAGAAACACUUGAUCUCUGUAACUAGUGUAAGGGUGCAAUAGAUCUACAUGCUUGACUAACAAUGCCCAUGUGUUAUUUUCUUGCCUUACCACUCAACAUACAAAAAACACUAUUGUAUCACCAUCAUCAACUAUACAUACUACACUUGGCCUGCAAGUGUAGGUCUAUAAUAUAUCUGACCAGGUUGUUAAAAUCAGUCAGACACACAGUUUAUUUACUUUUUCGGUAGGGUGCUCUUGCAUCCAUAUGUAGAUCUAGACUGGGCUAGACCUUUAGCACCAUCUAAGGUUGAAACUAGAAAUAGGUGUUCUUGCAUGUUCCUGCUGUUAAUAAAAUACUGUUUGCUGCAAAUGAAUUAAUCUAAACCACUAAAUAUUGACCUACAACAUUUCAGGUUCUAAUUGUAAACUAGCAGCCGCUAUCAGUAUCAAGCCCUACACGCCUAAAGCGGUCCAUGCUGGCAUUUAAAAUACAUGCCUGAUGACCAGUUAAUGGUAUGAAAUAUGUGAAUGCAUACAUCUACCCACUAUAGAAUAAUAGUAAUAUUAGAUUUGUAAAAGAGUUUAAACACAGUAAGGUAAAUAAAUGUAAAAAAAAUAUUAUCAUGAAUAUAGGUAUAGAUUUGCAAAAUUUUCAGCACCUCAUAACACAAACUAUAUAAAAGUCAUGUAACUCCAGCUGGAUGUCAAAAAGUACUAUUGGUGCAACCCUAAUAUAUAUAUAAAUAUAUAUAGAGAGAGACAUAGAAAGAAAAUUAUUAACAUUCUCUAAAAUUACUGUUUUUAUUGCCUACUAAAUUAUUUUGUGGGAAAUAAGCACAUACUUUUAAAUUGUGAUCACUUUUAAUAUAUGUAUUUUUAACCCUACACCACUCAUUUUUGGACAGUAUAAUUGAUAUUGUCAGAUUCUGUAUUGUUAAAACUUCAAAAAAAAAUGAUUUCUAUGAUACACUGAGGUCAAAAUCUGAUAGAUUUUCUUUAAGAUUUUGUUUUUAUUUUGGCACAAUUUUGUAAAUAAAUAUUAAUAAAUUUACUGUUAAGGCCUGUAUAAAAAAACAUUCCCAGUGGCUGCUAUAUUUGUGUUGCAAUGAUUUCUCUGUACAAUAUUAGUAUAACUUUGUCUUUGUAGAGUGUAUUUCAAUGAAAGAUAACUGUGAUAUGAUAACUGUGAAGACACAAAUAAUUGCUAAAAAACUGGUCAAUUCAAUUUUACCAUUAACUUAAAAGAUUUUAUUAUAUCUAUAUGUUAUGCUUGUAUUUAUCAAUUUAUCAUACUUGUACAUUUAGAGAGGUAGAAAACACCAUUUCUUGAUCUCAUUUGAAGUGUUAUUGUAAUAGACUAUGUUGAUAUGAUUAGCCUAGUGAUUGUGAUUCUUGGCUCAUACAGUUCUAAUGGUUGACCUUACUCUAACUGGCUAUGCAGAGUGAUUGACAUAAAAAUAAAAUACCAUUCUUGUACCUAUUUUUACCAUACCUCUAUUCAAAUAACGCUUAAUAGAGGCUGCAACCUGGACAUUGAUCUCAAAAAAAGCUUGAACUAUUUUCCUAUAAGUUUAACAGUUGAUGUACAUUGCGUUAAGUCUGUCCUUCUAUACAGUUCAGAAACUUAGAGAAUCACUAAAACAAAUAUGGAAAAGCUCCAGACCUUUGUUAACAGAUGCUUACACCGGAUAUUAGGAAUUAGGUGGCCAGAAAAUAUAACUACUAUCGAUUAGUGGGAGAGAAAAGCCCAUAGUCCAAGACAUCACAAAACGAAAAUGGAGCUGGAUAGGAAACACCCUGCGAAAACCAGCUACCUAUGUUGCAAGGCAGGCACUUGACUGGAACCCACAAGGAAAGUGAGCAGACCCAAGCAAACCUGGAAGAGGCCAGUCAUCAAUGAAGCUGAGGGUACUGGAAUGACAUGGGAGCAGAUGAAGAAAGCUGCUCAGAAACGAGUACGGUGGAGAGGUGUGGUUGCGGCUCUAUGCUCCCCUGGGAGUGCACAGGAUUAAGUAAGUAAGUACAUUGUGGAGAAAAGACUCGUUUGCCACACUGGGAAUACUCUAGUUUGACCGUUAUAAUUUUUCAAAGUAAAAAAAAAAAAGAAACAAAUUUAAAUUUGGCUAGAGAACUAGAUCUAGAUGAAACAUAUUGAUUCAAGAGUUUAAUAAAUUAAUGUUCAGGAAAAGUUUGCGUAUCGUAUUUUAAGGCUAUAUCUAAAUGCCUAUCAUUGUAAUAUUAUAAAGUGUAGUAGAUCUAUACUUUCACUUAGCCAGGAGACUUUCUCAUGGAGAAAGGUUGGGGGGGGGGGGGGGAAUGUUCUAUUGUUUUUUAAUCAACAGAAAAACAAUCGCUCUCUAAGUUGUUUGAAGAGGUAUUGUCUUUUGAAACAAAGUAUUUGUAAUGUUUUUCUUGUUUUAAAUUUAAGCUCAUGAUUUUGUUGCAUUACUUGCAUACCAUGACAUAGACUCUCUAGUGCUAAUAGGCUUUAAAUAAAAACGUUCUGGAAAAUCAAUAAUAAAACGUGUAGGCUACAUGUA